GAUCAGUUUUAGAAUAUAGAGAUAAAGAUAAGUAUAGGUCUAGUUCUUCUAUUGGUGGUUUAUUUACUUGUCAUUAUUCUAACAGAGAUAUAAAAAAUUCUCUUUUUUUAUUUUUAGAGAUAGGUGCAAUAGAAUUUAUUGCAGAG